CUUCAAAACCUUAUCUCUCCAUUCUAAAACAAAAACCCUGCUCUUACUUUCUUAAUCUUCAUCAUCUCUCUCACAUUUUUGCUUCAAUAACAAAAAUGGCAGCCAUUUUCUCUUGUUCUUCGCUUUAUACCACUUCUAAAUCAUCCCUCUUCAACAACCCUAAUCAAUCCACUAACUACAUUCGUCUUUCGCAUUCUCCCACCACCACCACUUCCAUUCGACGCUUCAGACCUAUUUCGUCUUCUAUAAACCCUAAUCGACUUCAAUUCAGCGAUAAACAGAAAGAAAGGUUUUCCGGGAUAAAAGAAUGUGUGUUAUCAGUAGCUUUAGCAAUCGGGUUGAUAACUGGGGUGCCAACAUUGGGCUUCCCUAGUAAUGCUGAUGCAAUUACUCCGGCAUUGUCGGAUUUAGCCGUGCUGAUAUCCGGGCCUCCGAUCAAGGAUCCUGGAGCGUUACUUCGUUACGCUUUGCCAAUCGAUAAUAAAGCCAUCAGGGAGGUCCAGAAGCCUCUAGAAGACAUUACCGAGAGUCUUAAGGUUGCUGGAGUGAAGGCCAUUGAUUCGACCGAAAGAAAUUUGAAACAAGCUUCUAGAUCUCUUAAGCAAGGAAAGAACAUGAUUAUAGCAGGAUUAGCUGAAUCAAAGAAGGAUCAUGCAAUCGAAUUGCUUGGAAAGCUAGAAGUUGGAAUGGAAGAGCUCCAAAAAAUAACGGAGGAUAGAAAACGAGAGGCCAUAGCACCUAAACAAAAGGAGCUUUUGCAAUAUGUUGGAGGUGUUGAAGAGGAUAUGGUCGAUGGCUUCCCAUAUGACAUUCCGGAAGAGUAUCAAAACAUGCCUCUUCUGAAGGGUCGAGCGACGGUGGAUAUGAAAGUCAAAGUCAAAGACAAUCCUAACCUCGAGGAAUGCAUAUUCAGAAUCGUUCUAGAUGGUUAUAAUGCCCCUGUAACUGCCGGAAAUUUUGUAGAUUUGGUCGAAAGACAUUUCUACGAUGGCAUGGAAAUCCAAAGAGCGGACGGCUUCGUUGUUCAAACUGGCGAUCCUGAAGGUCCUGCGGAGGGUUUUAUUGACCCCAGUACAGAGAAAACGCGAACGAUACCUUUGGAAAUCAUGGUAGAAGGCGAAAAAGCACCCGUUUAUGGGGUAACAUUGGAAGACAUUGGUCUCUACAAGGCUCAAACUAAGCUCCCCUUCAAUGCAUUUGGAACCAUGGCCAUGGCAAGAGAGGAAUUUGAAAACAACUCAGCGUCAAGCCAGAUAUUUUGGCUUCUGAAAGAGAGUGAAUUGACUCCGAGUAAUGCGAAUAUAUUGGACGGACGUUACUCGGUGUUUGGAUAUGUGACCCAAAACGAGGACUUUCUGGCCGAUUUGAAGGUCGGGGACGUUAUCGAAUCGAUCCAAGUAGUUGCGGGUUUGGAUAAUCUUGUUAAUCCAAGCUACAAAAUUGCUGGGUAAUGUUAUGAGGAAAUUGUUGUAAGCUACAAUAGUUGCAUUUUGUUGUUGUUUUAAUAAGUUUUGUAUUGCAUAUUCUGUACAAGUUUUUGGGACAUAAUAAUGGUUGAGAAAAUUAAGUAGAAAACUACUGUUUUGCA